AUGAGCAGUGAGCAUGGCGACCGGCAGAGCAAUGAUCAACCCAACCCAACUCUGACAGCUAAGCUGGGCGCGCGAAAGAAGAUCCGCCCCACUUAUUCAUGCUUAAACUGCCACAAACGCAAAGUCAAGUGCGACCGGGUGAAACCAUGCGGCGCUUGCUGUCUUCGGGGAACGCCCUCGGAAUGCGAAUAUGGCACCAGCAAAAAGGACCGACACUAUAUCGAACAAUCGGCCCUGAUCGAGAACCUGAUGCAGACAUGCGAGAGCCUCAAGCGGCAGCUCGCAGAGGCCCGCCAAUUGGCCAACCUGCCCCCCGUAAAAGCUGAAGAAACCGGCAGUAGCUCUUUAUAUCAAAUUAAACCCAAUGACAGCGACGAUGAAGGACCCGGUGACCCGGCAGCGCAUCCUGGACCGGCACGGCGAGAUUCUCCCGACCCUUCAGGGGUGAGUACAGGGGAUAGUUCUGGGUCGCAGAGAGAAUCUUCCCCUACGUCACUAUCGCGCCAAAAGGCGAUCUUAAGCGAUCCGACCCUUGCCUCCACCGUGAUGGAAUUGUUUGUCGACCGACUGAUCCGUAAUUUCAGCCCCGACGACCAUCGGAAAUACGGCGGCACCAUCGCAUUACGGGAAGCAUCGGAGAUGCGUAUGAUUUCACCCAUGCUGUGCAACGCCUUUGAGGCGACCGCGCUUACCUUUGCCGGUCGGCGCGACGGGAACCGGUCAGUCGAGCUAGCGGGUCAUGCCAAAUAUGUCCGAACGCUUCGGCAACUGCAAGCUGCCCUGUAUGACACCGAGGGGAACAAAUCUACCGAGGUCCUCGUAGUUGUAUUGUUGUCGACGAUCACAGAGGCCUUCAAACAAACGUCGAAAGACUCCAUAUUUAGACACCAGCUCGGCGGCUUAGAGCUGCUACGUACGCGGUCAGCGUAUCGACAUCGCUUCGGAAUUGAGCGGUCUUUGUUCGUCGAUCUUCGGCUGUACUGGGUCACGGCGGCACUGGUUCAUCGCAAACCGAGUUUCCUGGCGUCUAAAGAUUGGCUGACUGUUCCCUGGGCCGGCGAUGCACCGGUUAAGGAUAUCCUGCAGCAUCUCCUGGACAUUGCCGUAGAUAUCCCCGGUUAUCUUUCCCGGAUCGAUGAAUUCAGUGCCAUGGUAGACAGGGCAGCCGUAUGCACGUUUGAGCUCACCGGGAUGCAGAGCUCCAUCUGGCAGCAAGCAACCGAGCUUCAGGCGCGCCUCAAUCUGUGGAAAGCCGCCUACGCCGACAUGUAUCCGGCGGGCAUCGCAUGGGAAGUGUACGACACCGAGUCCGCCGACGGCUUUCCGAUCUUCCGGUGUCGCAACACCAGCACCAUGUCGGUCACGGUCGUCAAGGUGCUGCACUACCCCGACAUCCUCCUGGCGACCUCGAUGUGUUUCUACUGGGCGUUGUCGCUCGUCGUCUCCACGUCGGACAGCGGGCUGGUCAGCGUGCUCGGCCCGCAACAGCGGUACCAAUUUGCAUGCGACAUCUGCCGCAGCAUGAAAUACUACAUCAACAACAUCCCGGGCUAUCUGAUGUCGCGGAUCAUGUUCGUCCUGCGCACGGCGUUCGACGCGUUCUCGCCGGGGAUGAUCGAAAAGGAAUUCAUCGCGGAGUUAUUCCAGUACAUCGGGCGCAAGUUGGAGUUUCCGGUCUUUUCAAACAAGUGCGCGUCGUCGGCAGUUAAGAGCGAAUCUACAUGA